UGGCUGCAUCGCGCGCUUGUGCCCGGGCCUGGAGUUGUCUCCCGCACAGCUGUCCAGGCCGCGGCGCGGAGGCACGACGCUCCACAGGCCCCAGAGUGGUGCCUAGCCCUGUCCGUGUGGGCACACCACCGUGCCUGGCAGCCGUGACCCGUGGGCCGUCCCGAAUGGCGCUGCAGGUGGCUCACCAACUCCCAGAGGCACAUCUCCUUUCCUCGUCACGCCGCCCUGCUAAGGAUGUGUCCUGCAAACAGUCCGAACCCCUAACCUCCCCCAGUGCGUUGGACAAGGCAUCCUCAAACCUGGCUGCUGCGAGAGUUGUUCGUUAGUCCAGAGUGGAGCAGCCCGCAGCCCUCCGCACGCGAGGGCAGCCCGUGCAGGAGCCCGCGCUGGGAUGAGUGGCAGAGUCCCGCUGGCAGAGAAGGCCCUGUCGGAAGGCUACGCCCGCCUAAGGUACAGGGACACUUCCUUGCUCAUCUGGCAACAGCAGCAGCAGAAGUUGGAAUUUGUGCCACCUGGGACAUACCUGAGCAGGAGCCGAAGCAUGUGGUACUCACAGUAUGGAAACGAGGCCAUCUUAGUCAGAGAUAGAAACAAGCUUGAGGUCUCCCGAGACACUGGGCAAUCCAAGUUUUGCAUAAUUAUGUAAUUCCAGUGUGGAAAGCUGCACUCAAGUGCCAAGCCUUGAGGAAAAGGAGACUAAUCUGUUCCAUGGUCCUGUUCAUUUCUUGUUGGAGAUCUUAAAGACCACGAAGAUUGAGCUCCUGUGUAAGAACCCAAGAAGCCCAGCUCCAAGCCCUUUAGCACAGAUCAGUGCAACUGGUACCCAGAGAUUGCUGGGGACCUUUGUAGCCCAACAUUAUGACAUGCCGCUGCACCAGGUGCUGCAGGGAAUAGAGGGCCUGGGCACUGCUGGUCGCUGUGUUUCUGUUUCCAGACAAGACCACCUUGCAACCCCCCUUCAAGGUUUUCGUUUGCUGGUUUGCUUUGCUGGGAUGGAACCAGGCCUCAUGUGAUAAGCAAGUGCUCUGCCAUGGAGCUGUGUCCUCAGCCCUCAAGGCCUUACAGGUUAUUUGAGUAGUAACUUCUGCCUGGUGAAGAACAGGUGAGAUCCAUCAGCGUGCAUGUCGUGGCCCGUGGCCAGCCCAGCAGAGGUGGCACCUUAGUAGCCAUAGUCCAGCACAAUCCUCACUGGCCCAGACCUUGGCUCACAGGCAAGUACAUCCUGAACCCCUUAAGGAAACUCCCAAAUUUUAAGCCCCACAGGAGUUGCCUACAGGGCUUUCAAACAUAGUCCCAUGGUUGAGAAAGGCAGGUUCCUCCCUGGAUGGAGUAUUUUGGUCUUUGUACUCUGAGCUGCAGCUGCCCGACGUUUGACUUGUCAUCUCUGCACACGGGCAACAGUGCCCACCUCUGUGGGCAGUUUCCUCAAGUCAUUUUGAAAGAACUUGCCCCCUGCUGUCAUGCCCAUUCCCAUGGCGAUGCAGAUGUCAGGUGUGCUUUGUCUGUGGAUUCUCUCAUCUAAAUAAACAUCCUUUAGGAUUCUCCUUCCC